AUGUCUGCUCUGUUCGACUUCCAAUCACUGCUGCUCGUCGUCCUUCUCUUCAUAUGCACAUGCACAUACGUACGAUCGGUGGCGCCUAGUUUGGUUGAUAGGAAUAAGGUUGGUUUCAUGGGUCUGUUGUUCAAGGCAGCGAGGAUAGGAGAACGACUAUCGCCUUACGUCGCGCUUGCAUGCAUAACUAUGGCCGCCAGGAUGCUCUUGAAAUGA